CUUCUGUCUUCCUUUUCAUGUGUGUCUCCUUCUGUUUCUCCACUUUACCUUUUUUCUCUCCUUUUUGUUGAUCCCCCUCUUCCUCUUCUUCAUCUCACAUCAUCUUUUUCUUCAUCCCUUUCAUUGUUUUCUGUGUGUUUUCUAUGGCGGUUUUACCAAGUAGCUCCUCAAGCUUGGAAUUGACCAUAUCUGUACCUGGUUUUGCUUCUUCACCAACCCUUCUUCCCUCAUCAUCUGUGAAAGAAUUGGACAUAAAUCAAGUACCUCUUGAAGAAGAUUGGAUGGCAUCAAACAUGGAAGAUGAAGAAGAAAGCAGCAAUGGAGAACCUCCUCGAAAGAAACUCCGUCUCACAAAGGAACAAUCUCGUCUCCUUGAAGAAAGCUUUAGACAAAACCACACGUUGAACCCAAAGCAGAAAGAGUCUUUGGCAAUGCAACUGAAGCUGCGACCAAGGCAAGUGGAGGUGUGGUUUCAGAACCGUAGGGCCAGGUGUUUAUUAUGCAGGAGCAAGCUGAAGCAGACAGAGAUGGAGUGCGAGUACCUCAAGAGGUGGUUCGGUUCCCUCACAGAGCAGAACCGGAGGCUCCAGAGGGAAGUGGAGGAGCUGCGAGCCAUUAAGGUGGGCCCACCCACCGUGAUCUCCCCUCACUCCUGCGAACCGCUCCCGGCCUCCACACUUUCCAUGUGUCCCCGCUGCGAGCGUGUCACCUCCACCGCCGACAAACCGCCCUCCGCCGCGGCCACUUUGUCCGCUAAAGUGCCGCCAACUCAAUCCCGCCAACCCUCCGCGGCCUGUUGACCCUAUAACUAUAGUCCAUCGCCUACUCUGCACGCCACCUCUACUACCUCAUCAUCUAAUUAAUCAGAAACAGGGCACAAACUUAACUAAACUUUACAAAACUAAAAAGUUAGUGUGAAUGAAGAUAUAAUAUGUGUUAGAAAAAAUAAUGUUUUUUUUUUACUAAAAGGGCGUUUUCGUAUAGGGAAACUUUUGUAGUUAGUAGUAGUACUUUCAAUGGUCAAUGCGUAUCUGAUUAUUGGGCUUUCAUAUUGACUUUCUCCUUUUUCAAA